UAAAUUGCUUUUUGUAUUUCGCUCUCUCUAACAUUUUCUACUCUUUAGGUGGAGCUCUCUCACGGUCUCACCCUGCCACCACCACCACCACCACCACCACACACACAUAAUCAUCUACCCAUCUAUCAACAAUCAGAAUAGUUUUCGUUGUGCCUGUCAUUGCAUCUGCUUUCAUUUGAUUUGAUUUGGGAUCACAUCAGACUUAUGGAGGAAGCUAAUGUGGUGGAGACCAAGGAUGGAACUAUUUCUGUGGCUUCUGCAUUUGCCGGGCAUCAAGAAGUUGUACAGGAUAGAGACCACAAAUUCUUAACAAAAGCGGUUGAAGAAGCAUAUAAUGGGGUUGAAUGUGGACAUGGAGGUCCUUUCGGUGCUGUGGUUGUCCGUAACGAUGAAGUAAUUGUGAGUUGUCACAACAUGGUUUUGAAGAACACAGAUCCAACUGCCCAUGCAGAGGUGACAGCAAUUAGAGAGGCGAGUAAAAAGCUGAAUCAGAUUGAGCUUUCAGACUGUGAAAUAUAUGCCUCUUGUGAGCCUUGCCCCAUGUGCUUCGGUGCCAUCCACCUUUCUCGGAUUAAGAGGUUGGUUUAUGGAGCAAAGGCUGAGGCAGCCAUAGCGAUUGGAUUCGAUGAUUUCAUCGCAGAUGCAUUAAGAGGUACUGGCUUCUAUCAAAAAGCAACUUUGGAAAUUAAAAGAGCAGAUGGGAAUGGGGCAAUCAUUGCUGAACAGGUGUUCGAGAAAACGAAGGCAAAGUUCCAAAUGUAUUGAUUUCUUCAGUUUAUUCAUUUUACCAAAAACAAAAAAUAACACAAAACAAAGAAAACCAGAAAGGUGAAAAACUGUAUUGUUUUAAGCCCCAGUAAUUAAGAAAAAAGACUGUUGCCUUGAUACUCUCUGUAUCAUUUAUUUUACUCUGUUGGGUUGGUGCUAUCGGCAUUGGCUUCUAAUCUCACAUUCUGUCUUGUUCAUAUACUCGUUAAAAAAUGGUCAGAUAUGCUCUAUUAGCCUUAUUUGAUCAAAUUAAUUUGAAUUUGCCUUUCCAUCCA